UAGUUUUUUUUCCUUCACUACACUUCCCAGAAUCCUUCGAGAUUGGCUCUUGCGCAAGAUGUUUUCAACGGCCUUUGGAGUCAUUUGAUGUUCUUGUCACAGCAAAGGAGUCAAAGAAAGAAUUCAAAGGGUUUUAACUCCAAACUCUGGAUGAGGUCGAGUGAGCUCCUCUCUGCCAUGAAAUCAUACCAGGUCAACAGCUCCCCUUUCUUCUGCAGUUGAUGGGUCUGCUGCUGGGACAAAGAUGACGGACAGCGUCAGGGCCUUUCUUCACAAUGUUGCUACGGGGGUCAAGGACUCCAUAUUGGGGAUUGGAACAAUCUCCAAGCUAGAUUCACGGAUUCAACAAAAGAGGCAAGAGCAACGAAAGAAAAGGAGUAUUGGGGCCCUCGCAAAGAGACGAGCACAAAGUGAGGAGCUAAAACCAGACAAUGAUCCAAGGGUAGCAAGCAGGAUUUUUCAGUGCUGUGCCUGGAAUGGAGGAGUGUUCUGGCUCAGUCUUUUUCUGUUCUAUCGGGUGUUUAUCCCUCUGCUACAGACUCUCACAGCAAAAAUCAUUGGUGACCCCUCCCUACAUGGCAGUGUAUGGUCUUGGCUGGAGUUCGUCCUGACGUCUGUCUUUAGCGCACUCUGGGUUCUCCCUCUGUUUGUUCUCAGCAAGAUAGUAAAUGCCAUCUGGUUCCAGGACAUAGCUGACCUGGCAUUUGAAGUGUCGGGCUGCAAAGCUCAGCCCUUCCCCAGUGUCAGUAAGAUUAUAGCAGACAUGCUUUUUAACCUUCUUCUUCAGGCGCUCUUCUUAAUUCAGGGUAUGAUUGUUAGUCUAUUUCCCAUUGAUGCGAUUGGACAGAUGGUGAGCCUCCUCCACAUGUCUCUGCUGUACUCACUGUACUGCUUUGAGUAUCGCUGGUUCAACCACGGCAUUGAAAUGCACCAGCGGCUCUCCAAUAUUGAGAGGAACUGGCCAUAUUACUUUGGUUUUGGUUUACCCAUGGCCCUGCUCACUGCUAUGCCUUCUUCAUACAUUAUCAGUGGAUGCUUGUUCUCCAUCCUAUUCCCUCUGUUCAUUAUCAGUGCAAAUGAAGCAAGGACACCAACAAAGCUGUACCACUUCCAGCUGCGCCUCUUCUCUCUGGUCGUGCUAAUUAGUAACAAGCUUUUUCACAAGACUGUCCACCUGCAGUCCUCUCUUACGCUGUCGGCAUCAUCGGAGAAGCUCUCUUCAUCCCACAUCUCCAAACCGCCAAAGAAUGCUGCCCACCCAAUGACGCAUCCUCCUGAAUAACCUAAAUAUAUAGAAACCAACUCUAUAUAUUGACUUUACUCUGUGUAAUAGCAACAAAAAGAAAUGUUUCUUUAAGAGUUGUCUUUUUAUGAAUGGCAUCUUUGGUGCAGGUUUAGCAUUGAAAGUUUUUGUCGAUGAACAUUUUUUGUCAAGGUUUUGUAAUCUGUAAAAAUGUUUGUUUGCAGCAAAAGUUACAUGCAUUUUUUAAUGAGUAUUUGACAGAACUUUUAUUCUCUUACACAAUGUAUGUAAAGCUCUAUAAUUCUAAGAUUUUUUUUGAACAAUUUUUCAACGUGCCAUUUAAAAAACUAAAGUGUAUUCAUGAGGGGGUAAAGAAAUUGAUUACUCGUACUUAUCCAAACAUUGAAGGAACUCUUUUGCACUCGAGAGCAAAUCUAAGUAUUGUUUUAAUGACAUGAUCACAUUCCUUUCUCAUAGAUUCAGUCUUAUCUUGUCCUCACAGGAUUUUCAGAAAUAAACUUCUACUGCUUCAAAGACAAACUUGUUUUUUGGCAGUGCUGUCUCCAUCCAUACUAUGCUUGACUUUUACAACUACUUUGUUACACAGUGAAGGGUUUAAUCAUAUUUUAAGAAUGUUUUCUCUGGAUUUUGUUUUCCUUUUUGUAUUGUGCUGCUUUAAAUCAGACUACUUUCAUUUAUGCAGAAGCCCUCCACCACAUGUCCACCACACUGAAAACGUUUGAUUCAUCAAACCAGGUGUGGAAAGUAGCAAUGAUUUUAAAACCAUGUGCAAUUAUUGUAAGGAUCAGUGUUAGAGCAGACACAUUUUCAAGUGAAUUUUGUAAAACUAAUAGUUUUGUUUCAAUAAAAGCUACAAGUUUUCAGUUUGUGAA